CAGCCUGUCGGUUUCAAAUUGUAAGAAGAGAUUACUUUAAGUAAAGCAAUAUUAGAGUAAAUAACAGAAAAUCACAGUAAGCGUUUUAUAAAAUAAGAAUAUUAAUUUUAAUCAUGAGUUAUCAACUGUACAGAAAUACAACUUUAGGCCAUACUUUACAAGAAAGUUUGGAUGAACUAAUUCAGUGUGGGCAAAUCACUCCAAAUUUAGCUUUGAAGGUGUUACUACAGUUUGAUAAAGCCAUCAACAAUGCACUUGCUAAUAGAGUCAAGACAAGACUGACUUUUAAGGCAGGCCACUUGAACACUUACAGGUUUUGUGAUAAUGUCUGGACCUUUGUCUUGAAAGAUGUAGAAUUCAGAGAAGUCCAAGAAUUGGUACGAGUGGAAAAAGUCAAGAUUGUUGCCUGUGAUGGAAAAGCUCAUUCAGAUGGUAAUGUGGGCAAGCCAACUUAGUUGUUUCACUGAAUGGUGUGAACAAUUCCCAUGUUCACCAUAAUACAACAAGAACAGAAGCUGCUGUUUAUUCUACUUCAGGGCUCAUGAUAACUUGUACAUUUUGUGAGGAAGUAACACAUAAGAUUUUUGGCAUUUACAUAUUUCUUCCUUGGGAAGUUUUAUUCGUGAUAAAGUUGAUGUGUAAAGUGAUCAUUUGAUGGUCAAUUGUUAACAUUAUGUUAAUUAUGUAGUCAUUUAAUUGUGUCAUGGUCACAUUCAGUACAUCAUUAUUAGCCGAAUUUAUGUUAUGUGGUGACAAGAAGUAAAAGGCAGUGUUGGGAUGACAUUUGAAUAAAUAAUGAUUCAAAAUUCGUAUUUGACAUUCUCGAGUCAGAGCUUCUCCAACUUAGAUUCCGUGAUCAUAAUUUGAAUAUAUUUAAAAUGAAUCAUAAUUUUAUCAUGAACUUAGCCUUUCAAAUUAAUAUGUUAAACAAUAGAGGAAUUCUAUAGCACUCGUAGUGUGGGAAGUUCAAAAGCUGCAAGUUUUUUGAAGUACUAAAUUAUACAUGUCAAGGCAUCUCUUACAUUUAUGAAUGUUACUUUUCUGCUGAUUAUACUUUCACUUGAAAAGUUCCACCUGUUUUCUUUUAACAUGCAAACAAGCCUUAAACCACAGAAAUUAUAAAAUAUCAAAGAAAUAAGGAAGGACGCUUUGUGCUGAUACUUAAAAUCCUUAUUUAAAAUGUUUUAGUACUUAUUACGCAUGAUACAUACUAUUUAUUUUGUGUGUUAAAUAUUAACACAGACCUGUUCAUUAUACAUAUAGAAUAAGGAUUAAAAGCAUAUUCUGGAAUGGAAGAGUAAUAAAAUAUUAUUUUCUGUGAAUACAAAUUCAAUAUCUUUUAUCAUUUGAUAUAUAUUAUUUCUUAAAGUUUGUUUUUUAACUUUGAGUCAAGUGGCUAUGAUUUAAUAUUUUAACACACAACAACAGCAAUACUAUCUUGCUACCAGAAGUACAAUACUGUUAUUGAGGCUCAAAAAGCACAAAGUUAAAUGUCUUUAGUUUUUUGGAUAUGGGAAUAUAAAAACAAAAUUAUCUUUUCAGAAUAAUAACAUGUAAGAACAUUGUGUUCCAUUAUUCUGGCAAAUAUAUUAUAAGAAUUAAAUGUUUAAAAUGUUGUUGCUUAUAUUAUAGAGGAUUUUUUUACUGAAAAUGAAAGUUUAACUUCUGAUAAAGAUAUUAGAUAAAAAAAAUUGGCCAUACUCUUGAUAAUUUUCAGUUUUAAAAAUGUUAAAAUAUGCAUUAAACCAAUCUAAAGUCACAUUUUAUGGAAGCUCAGAAAAUAAGAACAGUUUUGUAGAUUAAUCCUGUCUUAGCUUUCUGGACAAUUAGUCUUGAAAAGUAGACAUAGAUAGGAGCCAUGCGUUAUUAUUAAGAAGUUAAUAUCUAUUGAAAUAUUCAUCUUGCUAGAACGAUCAGCUCCAUUUCAUUUCAGAAACAAGUUAACUUACUCUGAAAUAUCAACUUGAUAGGCUCAUAUAAUGUUUGUGGUGCAUACAUUGGGUUCCAUGUAUUAAAUUUUUUAUUUCUCCCUGAAUGUGUUUAACAAUUGAAAUUUUUUUUUCUAUGUUUUACAAAUUAUGGACUAUCCAUGAUUCCUGUUUAACCAUUGAAAUACACCUGUAUAACUAAAGUAUUUGGUACAGGUUAUGUACACGUGUAAUUAUGGCAUAAAAUAGUCAAUAAAAACACCUGUCAUGCCCAAAUAAAGUUUCAAAGAGAUUUUAUAUUAAAGUAUCUUAUAGUUUAAUAUGAACAUUUUAGGACAUGUAAUUUACUGAAAUAAGUGUUCAGGAAAAUGUUUGUAACAGCCUGUCAUAAAGGUUAUCUCUAUGUUUUCCAGUAUUAAGCAGUUAUAUAUUUUCAGAUACAAAAGUGAAGUUAAUAUAUUGUUGACUGGAAAAUAUAUAUAUACACAUAAUGUUUUCUACAUAGGUUUGUUUUUUAAUACUUUUUCUGCUACUCAAACAAAAAAUUAGUGGUAGUAUUAUCUUGGAAUAAGAUGGAAGAGUAUGCUGUUUGUUAAUCUAAAUUAAUGAUUCCGAAUCUUUUUUAUGUCGUAUAUCAACAGUCGGACCUUUGAGCAAGUGGCAUAUCCCUGAAGCAUAAUUUGUUUAAAAAAAUUAAUAGUUAAUACUCAUAAAGAGGUAAAUCAAAAGAAAUAAUUCAAGGGUGAAUCAACAAUACAGUAAUGAUGAGUUAUGGCUAAUAAAAUACCUUAGUAACUUACCAAGUAGAAAUGGGCAAUUUAAUUGAUUAAUUAAAUACCUAUGAGCAGCAGUUACAUGGAUUAGUUUUAUGCAAACUAAUCAACAAAUUGAAAUGGUUAAAUCAGUUAUUGGAAAUAUAUAAUAAACUAAUCCAGAUUAGUUGUUAUGAUUAUUCCAACAAUCUCUUAACUGAAAUUACAAGUAGAUCAA